GGGCGAGAGCUCUGAGUUCCGGUAUAAGAGAAAGAGACGUGGCGAAAUUGCUGUAAAUCUGUGCCCUAUAAGCACAUUUUUCCUUUGCACUGAAAGGAAGCAAGACAUCGAAAAGGGUGAAACCUCUUCAAAUGUGUUUUUAGAGGCAAUGGGAACCGAUCGUGCUGAUCCAAACCGUUUACCCCUAAGGGGAGUGGGGGUGGGGAUUACGUACUAGUAUUGCUGUGUCUUGCAAUUUGCGGCGGCAUUAUACUAGCAGUGGAAUUGUAGCGAGCAGUGGAAGGCUAAAGCAGCUUUAUGAAUGUUAAUACUCUAUGGUUUUUCCUUUUUUCCUCCUUUCAGCUGCGCAAACCAUGCAGGAUGAUUUACUGAUGGACAAAAGCAAAGUCCAGCCUCAGCAGCAGCGGCAAGAUCCAAACGCAGCAGAAGCUCCUUCUACACCCAUAACGUCAGAGACACCCAAAUCGGAGGACAGUCCAGUGACUAGCAUCGGCUCAGCAGCUCCUGCCCAAAAUAGCAAAGAAAAGAUGCAAAUGGAGUCUCCCAUCUUGCCGGGCUUAAGUUUCCACCAGCCUCAGCAGGAGCCUACAGCCGGCACGUCCUUGUCUCCCUCCUUCGGAAGCACUUGGUCUACAGGGACCACAAACGCAGUGGAUGAUAGCUUUUUUCAAGGGAUUACCCCAGUUAAUGGGACAAUGCUUUUCCAAAAUUUCCCUCAUCAUGUCAAUCCUGUUUUUGGAGGCACUUUCUCCCCCCAGAUUGGCCUAGCUCAGACUCAGCACCACCAACAACAGCAGCAGCAGCAGCAACAACAAGCACAGCAGCAGCAAAGGAGGUCACCGGUCAGCCCUAAUCAGGCAUCUUUUGCCCAGAGAAAUGCUGCUUACAGCCAUCAGCCCAUCAUGACCAGCAAACCUUCUUCCUCUUCCACUUCCACCUCUUCUCCUUCCAGCUGGAAUAACCAUCAGAAUGCAGCUUGGAGUACACCUUCCAAUCCUUGGGGUGGGCUGCAAGCUGGCAGAGACCCUCGAAGGGCAGUAGGUGUGGGAGUUGGUGUGGGAGUGGGAGUUGGUGUGCCAUCCCCACUCAAUCCCAUUUCACCUCUUAAAAAGCCCUUUUCUACCAAUGUUAUUGCCCCACCGAAAUUUCCUCGGGCUGCUCCUCUAGCUCCAAAAUCCUGGAUGGAAGACAAUGCCUUCAGGACAGACAAUGGCAAUAAUCUAUUGCCUUUUCAGGACCGGAAUCGGCCCUAUGAUACUUUUAACUUGCACUCUUUGGAAAACUCAUUAAUGGAUAUGAUAAGGACUGAUCAUGAACCUCUUAAAGGUAAACACUACCCUCCCAGUGGCCCACCAAUGAGUUUCGCUGAUAUAAUGUGGAGGAAUCAUUUUACAGGUCGUAUGGGUAUAAAUUUUCAUCAUCCAGGAACAGAUAACAUUAUGACACUCAAUACCAGAAGCUAUGGGCGGAGACGAGGUCGAUCUUCACUAUUUCCUUUUGAAGAUGGCUUUCUGGAUGACAGUCAUGGUGACCAGUCUUUAUCAUCAGGGCUCAACUCCCCAACCCGCUGUCAGAAUGGUGAAAGAGUCGAACGCUAUUCUAGGAAGGUGUUUGUUGGAGGUCUGCCUCCUGACAUUGAUGAAGAUGAAAUCACUGCUAGCUUUCGUAGGUUUGGACCUCUCGUGGUGGACUGGCCUCACAAAGCUGAAAGCAAGUCAUAUUUUCCACCUAAAGGUUAUGCUUUUCUGCUAUUCCAGGAAGAAAGCUCUGUUCAAGCUCUGAUAGAUGCCUGUUUAGAAGAAGAUGGUAAACUUUAUUUAUGUGUAUCAAGUCCCACUAUUAAGGACAAACCAGUACAAAUUCGACCUUGGAAUUUAAGCGACAGUGACUUUGUAAUGGAUGGUUCUCAACCUUUAGACCCCAGAAAAACUAUUUUUGUGGGAGGAGUUCCACGACCCCUUCGAGCUGUUGAACUAGCUAUGAUUAUGGAUCGUUUGUAUGGAGGCGUCUGCUAUGCUGGCAUUGAUACAGACCCAGAGUUAAAGUACCCCAAAGGUGCUGGUAGAGUGGCUUUCUCCAAUCAGCAGAGCUAUAUUGCUGCUAUUAGUGCACGCUUUGUCCAGCUCCAGCACAAUGACAUCGAUAAACGGGUGGAAGUAAAGCCAUACGUGCUUGAUGAUCAGAUGUGUGAUGAAUGCCAGGGUACUCGCUGUGGCGGAAAAUUUGCCCCGUUCUUUUGUGCCAAUGUUACCUGCUUGCAGUAUUACUGUGAAUACUGUUGGGCGAGUAUUCAUUCUCGGGCUGGACGAGAGUUCCACAAGCCGCUUGUGAAGGAAGGAGGUGACCGGCCACGCCAUGUGCCCUUCCGUUGGAGCUGAGGUCCGGGCUGAAGGCCAGCAGUACUGGAGCCAACUGGAUUGAAGGGGAAAGGAGUGAUGCCUCAGGGCUUUUGUGUUCUGGAAAUCUGUGCAUUCAUCCUUGACUUUAAUGAAGAGAUGGGUCCUUUUAUUAUGAUGAUGGUUAUGAUUAUAAUGAUGAUUAUGAUUAUUUACAGUCACAUUACUGAACACUAUGUCCAGUAUAAUACAAGCCUAGCAGAGUGUAACUGUACUGAUUUUGCACUUUGAUUCACACAAACAUCUGCUUGGUACCUUAAUUUCUCACCUGAGACUUAUCACGGCUAACAAUAAGUAGACUGCUAUGGUCAUCAGCCUCCACUAGGUUGGUGUAUAUGUGAUUAAGGUUUUUUUUUUUUAAAUUAUGUACUUUUAUUUUAAAACUGGAGCAUGCACUUAUUUUCAGAAACUUUGAUUUGCCCCUAGCACAUGAUUUACCAAAGGUAACACUCACAAGUAGGUGACAGAUGUAGCAAAAAUUUACAAUGGAUAUUCAGCAAUCAUUCAGAGUAGGAAAACCCUAAACAAUCUUUAGUUGCUCUCUAUUUUUACUGAAAAGGAUGAUACCUCAUAAGCCGGAUCACAUUUUCUCCACCCCCACCCACCUCCCAUCCCUUUUCUGUUUUGCUGAGGGUUUCCUAUUUGUUUAGGCCUUUUAGUGUUAUGUAAAUGUAUGCUGCAAUAGCUUUUGCUGCUAUUAAGAUGGUAUUACUAAUACCACAUUACUCUAUUCAAGCUAGGGUAUCAUUUAAAAAGAUAAUUAUGUGAUUUAAAACAGUGAUGGCUGCUGAAAGAAGAUCAGUAGAGCAUUCAGAAAGCUUCCAAGGAAGGUCAAUUGUUUUGACUGCAUGUUUAAUCAGGUUGACGCAUGCAAUAAUUUUUUUUAUAGAUGUCUAAUACAAAAAUCUGCCCACAGUGCACCAAUUAAGAUUCUAUGUAGGCUGCAAAGUACUCAAUAAAAUAAUUUAAAACACACACACGCAUAUACGCACAGGUUACUGACUGGAGGAAGGCAUGUCAAAGUCUAUGUAGAUGCUUCUGAAGUUAAAAUCAGCCCAUAGCCGUAUCACCUAUAUCAUGACAAGAUUUAAAAAAAAAGAAUAGAUGUAGAAAUAUCCUUAAGCAGAUUUGUGAAUGAUAGACGAAGUACUUUGCGGUGCUCUGUUCUAUAUUGUGCAAUUUAUUUUAUAUAGUAAAGUGAUUAUGUCUAGUACUGUGAUCAAACUAACUGUUUAAGCCUCUAUGUCUACCAUUCACACUCUUUUGAAAGUUCAACCACAGACACAAAUACAUAUGCACACUUACAAAAUAAAAUUUGAGCUCUUAGUUCCUAUCUCAUAAAAGCUUGCACUAUUUAUGUAGCUGCAGCCCAUGUCCAGGAAACCAAAGAGCUCACAAUAGCAUAUGUAAACUACCAGCUUUGAUAGUGGCUGAUAAACGGGGCACAUUUUUGAUUGGGAAUAGCGGUGCUAAAGAAAUGUCUGCAUACAAAAAUUAACUAGGGUAUGAUAUUUAAUUUCUUAAAUCCUGGAUGUAUCCUGUGAAGCUUGAAUAUAUUUGAAACCUAUAUCUGAACAGUGGACAUUUUUUUAGCAUAUAAUAUGGGGCUACAAGGCAAACACAUAAACACAUAUUAGUGUACUAUUUAUGAAAAUGUGACAAUGUGUACGUUAUUUUUCUGGGUUUUCUGUGGGUUUGUUCUCUCCCCCCCCCACCCCAUCCCUAGUUUUGGAGGUCUGGGGACAGUUUGACUGGAUAUCGCACCGCAUAGUAGAUGUUGAAAUGUCCCCAUUUUGAGUGUUGUGCUGGCCUUGUUAAUGUUGUAACUUUCUACAUUUUCUUUUAGUAUUUGGUUGGAAUUAUUGGCUGGGGGUGGGGCGGGGGGGGGGGGGGGAAAAUCUUUCUCUGUUGAAAAAAAAAAUAGUUUUUUACUGGUUUAAAAAUAUUCAUUCUUCUUGGUAUCGCAAUUUCUCCUGGGCAUUUUUGUGAUAUUGCUUUAUCUAGCCCAGCAAUCUAUUUUGUUUUGUUUGGGGUUUUCUUCUUCUUUUCCCUUCUUUUUUUCAUCUAUACAAGAUUUGUUAUGCACUACUUUUUGUAACUAGACAGUUUUCAAUAGUUGGCAGAUUAUUCUUUUUUAAAGAAAAAAGGCAUGCUUUCUGACUGACAUGAUCUUUUGCAAUACCUCAAUUUUGAAAUAUAGGAAAGAAAAUAUUUUCUAAGUAAGUUUAUUCAGAAAAUAUAUAUAUUAAUUUAAUUCUGUGAGGAAAUGAUUUAACAGAUGGGUAACUUUAUUUUUUUCAUGCUUAUUUGCGUUUUUGAAAAUGAAGAAGUUAGAGCUUUAUAACUGUAUUGAAGAUCAUAGCUAUCCUACCGAAGUCUACCUAAUUAUGUGAAACAAUUAAACAUUUAUGAAGAAAUAUCUCUUUUCCACAUACAAACAUAGUUGGAAAGAAAGGCGAAAAGGGGGGAAGAGAUGAUGGAAGUUAUGUAAAAUGAUUAAAAUGAGUACAGCAAGAAAAUUUAAAAACAAACUGCUUUGGUGCUGGAAGUUGUGAACAGAAGGUGAAAAACCUGUUUUGCCCUUAAUUUGUAUAUUUAUAAUCAAGCGAUUAUGCACGACUGACCAGAAUUGUGAGAGUUCUUCUGUUUGUAUUUUUUAAAGAUAAUUUUUAGUUUAUUAAAUUAUAACAAGUCCCCUUUUGUUUUGUAAAUGAAUGUGCCCCCCCCCAGGUUGUUAAUAUCUUACCCCAUUAUUCUAAGAGGGUCCUUCCAGAAAAGAAGUUAUUUUUUAAAACAAAAUGUUCUGAACUGUAACUGGAUGAAGGAGCCCCUGGGUACCACAGGCCCACUUGUGGCCUUCCCUUGAUGCGAGACUUGAACUAGUCGAUUUUCUUUUUGAAAGCAACUUAACCUCGACUAUCUGUUGUUAUGUGCAAUACUGUUUGUACUGUUUGUAUAAAAAAGAAAAAGAAAAGAAAAAAGGCAUAAAUCUUUAUUGCAAAUUUAUUUUCAUUGCAAACUUUAGACAUUGUGAUUCACUAAGAUCAUUUUUCUACUGUCAAAUAUGUACCUUUUCUUCAUGCUGGUAUUUUUUCAAUAGUAAUGUAGCCUUUGUACUGAGACAGAUUUUCAUUGUUAUUUUUAGAAAGAUUUUUUGCUAAGAGAAAUUUAAACAUUGACAUAUUUUUCAUUUUUAUUUCUGAUUUUCUUUAAGGAAUGCUUUCUCAACCAUUAAUAUAGUUGUUUCUGGGAGAGACUUUCAUAUCUGGUCAAUGUCAUUAAUAUUAUUUUGUAUUUUUACUUGGAAUAAAUUAAUUUUAUGAUGCUAAUUCUUUAAAAGUUUAUUUUUUUCAUUUUCAGUUAUUUUUGAAGCUAAAAAACCUUUGUAAUAUUGUUACUAAAGUGUCUAGUUUUUUGAAAUGCAAAGCUUUAUGUAUUAACUUGCUGAUGUGGUUUACAAUGGUGUGAAAAUGGUUGGAUAUGUGAAAUGAUUGAAAAACUGUAAUGAAUAAUUGGGCAAUAAAAUUACAGAAUGAAGCAGGAAAAUGAUGUGAUAUUUUUUAGAAGCUUUUUCCUUUAUCAGAAUGAUUUAGGAAGACAAUAGGGAUGUCACAGUACCAGUUCGCUGUCUAGAUUUGUACAACACCAAUGUUAAUAAAACACUGUUGCUGUUGUAAUUCACUCCAAUCUGUAGAAAUAGCAGGUCUACAAUCUUGGCUGUUUAGCAUCCUACCAAUUUGCUUCCUCACCAUUACCAUGGGCACAUCCAGUACUGUUGCACAGUGGGUGCAAGGGUGAAAAAUAUAAAUGGAACUACGCAGCAUUAAGGCUUGGCUAAGUCACUUCCACUUCACCCAACCAACCAUCCAUCCUCUUUUUUGUUUUUUUUGAACUGUUCCCUUUUAAAUCUCUCCCAAGUGGCUUCUGGGUGAUCUGCCAUGCUUUUAUUUAUUUAUUAAACCUGUCCUUCAUGCUGCAUUUCCCUGCGCCUCUUUACAUGGUAAUUCAGAACAAAUGGAGGAAAUUGUAUAGUAUCUCCAUAAUGUUACAGUGUACCAUACAGUGUAAGUUUCUCAUAGUUAGUGCUAUCUAAUGCAUGUAUAGGAACCCUUAUUACCUGAUCUAAGCACUUUUUUUCAAGCUGCUUGUAUAUUUCUCCCUUUCUUGUGUUAGGCCUCUUAUAGCAUAAGAACAGCAUCC